AGUAUUUGUGGCCGCAGAAGAAGAAGAUCAAACUACCGUAAAGUAGCAGCAGAAGAAGAAGAAGAAGCGGCUUUGUGACACAAGCUAGCGAUAUCGCCUCGACCAGUAUCUGUCCGGCCCUGAGAGGCAGUAAACAUAGAUACAAUCCCCGUUGAAGACGGUUCCUGUUUUUGAAUUGUGUCGACACAGAAUCCAGGGCAUCGUUGAAGUUAAUGAUUGUGGACGACAAUUUAAAGAAGCUUAUUAUCGAACCAUCAAACCCUUUCAAGCAUUUGGCACGCACGAAGAAACCAGCAAACCCUUUUGGAUUGAGCCAUGUCUCGCAGAAGAAGCCGCAGCGCAUCCCCAGGAAGUUUUUCGCGCUCCUGCAGCAGUAAUGACCCUAGAGAUUUGGAGAGACGGAUUUUUGUUGGGAAUUUGCCGACCUCCGACAUGGAAAAGAAGGAUUUGGAAGAACUGUUCAGCACAUAUGGGAAAGUAAUCGGCGUGUCCAUGUUUCGCGGGUUCGGAUUUGUACAAUUUGAACGGGUUGAGGAAGCCGAAGCUGCAAAGGUGGCUCAAAAGGGUCGACUGUAUAAAGGUUAUAAAAUAGAUGUAAAUAUGGCAGUGGAGCGACGGCAACCUAAACCUCAAUCCCAGCAGAGCCCUCCACGAAGGGCCCCGUACAGCAGCUAUGGAGACGGCAAAGAGCCCCGGCCUCGGUCACGCUCACCUGUUUAUGCGCGUGAGCCUCGGGAAAGUCGUGACGGACGAGAGUCUCGGGACAGCCGAGAAGGACGAGAGCCUCGGGACAGCCGAGAAGUGAGGGAACCGGGAAGGGAGAGAGAACCAGGGAGGGGCCAGUCUCGUGACCAUGAUUACCGGUACCGUACCUCAGAGAGCAGAGACAAGGACCCUCGUGAUCCUGCGUACAGGUGACUACUGACACUGAGCCCAUUAGUUUGAAAUCCACCUUUUGCAUCUUUGUCUGACCUUGAAAUGUCUCCAUGCAGCAGGGAAGAAUAUGACCGACUCUACCGCAGUGGCAGCGGUGCAGAAGAGUUUUACCGGAGGAAGGAAGAACCCUUCAGGGAGCCGUUCAGAGAUCCCUGGAACGGGCGCCGUGAGUCAGAGGCCGCAGCGGUAGAUGAUCGUGCGAGACCAGAAGAGCGUCGGCGUAAUGAAUUGUAUCGACAGUACUACGAAGAACUCCAGCGACGCUACGACACAGACCGCCCGGUCGACUGCUCCGUGAUUGUCGUCAACAAGGCGCAAAAUCGGGAGUAUGCGGAGACGGUUGGGAGGAAAAUCCGUGAUGUGGGCAUGGUGGUGGAUCUGAUCUUCCUCAACACGGAAGUGUCGCUAACACAAGCCCUGGAGGAUGUCGGCCGAGCUCGCACUCCCUUUGCCAUCAUCAUUACCCAGCAGCACCAGGUGCACCGCUCCUGCACUGUCAACAUCCUGUUCGGCACACCGCAAGAGCAUCGAAACAUGCCAAUGCAGGACGCCAUGAUGCUGGUUUCCCACAAUUAUGACACCUACAAAGUUGAAAACCGCGAAAAAGAACGCGAGGAGAUUGCCAGAAAGGCUGCCAAGAUGGCGGACGAUGUGUUACUCAGGGAGCCUGACAGAGAGGGCCAUCCCGUCUCUGUGCUCACCUCCAUCACACUGCUGUCUGAGAACAGAUUUGUCACCCCAGAGGAAUUGGACGGUCUCAUUGCCUACCUGAACGACAAAAGAGGACGGCUGCUGCGAAGCACUGCAGACCCUCUUGCAGCUGCAGCUCCAGCCUCAGCCCACCAUGACGUCCCCUCCUCAGUCGCAGGACUGCCCCCCCCCACCCACUCCACCCACAACCCCCCACAGUCCAGCCACCUCGGCCUAUCGGCUGCUUCCAGCGCUGCCCCCAACAGCAGCCACCAGCAGGAGCUGCAGGCCAAGAUCCUCAGCCUGUUCAACAGUGGGCUGACAGCCAGCCAGCCCCCCCCCGUCCCCCAGCCCAAGCCCUACGGCUCGCUCGGCCCUCCCCCCUCCAUGAAUCCAACGCGUCCACCCAUGCCCGGCCCCCCUUCAGCCCAGGGUUAUGGCGCCCUUCAGGGCCGCAUGCAGGUCCCCCAGGGUGGCCAAAGACCCCCCACCUCUGCCUCAGGUAUUAAUUUUGACAGCCCGAGCGUACAGAAGGCUCUUGACACCCUCAUUCAGAGCGGACCGUCUCUCAACCACCUGGUGGGCAGCUCCGCCCCUCAGCAGCCGCCCCCAAGGUCAUCCCCUGGUAUGGGCCAAGCCCCCCCGAUGUCCAUGUACCCCCGGCAUUACUGAUGUCCGUAGUGAAUAACAUACUCCCCUCUCCCUGUGACACCUCAGACCCCCCACUAAUUCUCUGUGCAGUGAAAUAACCGCCUGUGUAAAGGUAGAUCGUACAGUUGAGUGUUUUGUUAAAGCUUUUAAUCUUCUUUUGUUAUUAUGAAUUUUGUGUUCAGUUGAUUUAGACAACUUGGCGGGAUUAGCUAAUGUUCUGUUUUUUUUAUUAUUAGUCGGAAGAUAAUUAUUGAGUCUUCUUAAAUGUGAGUUAAACUGAGGCAUGUGUAUCAGUUUGUUUUUGAUGGACUCCUUUGUUCUUUUCCAACCAUGAUGUGUUUUUAUAGUUUUGCACAUAGUGGUUUUUUUUUCUAUUUGUAACAAUUUCAUUGUAAAAGAAUGAUUUAAAAACUCGAGACACAAUUGCUGUAAUAAAAUGGUAUUGGUUUAUU